UCGUCAUUCGUCCGUGGUCAGCGGUAGAGUUACCAUCGAGUUUUGUUUGUUCUCUCUCUAUAAAGUUUUUUCGCUUAUUGUAUUCGUUUCCUAUUGGCUUUGGGUGCACUUUUAUCGAAUGACUUAUUAGCUAUUUUGACUGCUUUGCAUAGAUUUUUUUUAAGAGACAAGCGACAGUGACAGUGUGCGUAUGCGUGUGUUUGUGCGAUACCGACCCGACAGCCGGAUUAGCAUAAGUGAUAAUAGAUACUUCGGAUGCUGCGGGGCGCCCCGGAAUCGAUCAGGUUACGUACGUACGACUACGUUGUUGAGCCGAAUGGAAUGUGAACGCGUGCGAGUUUCAGGCAACGUUCCAAGAGGCGCGGAGAUCUCAUCGAUAUCGGAAACCUAAUCUCGAAAGUAAAAGUGAUUAACGAGUUGUUUUGAGUCGCUGAGGAUUAGCGUCUCGGCGAGUAAGAGUAGUAUCGGCUGAAGAAGAAGAAGAAGACGGUUUGAGCGGGAAUUAAGUGUGCGUGUGAUUGAAGCGAAAAAAAAUGUGAAAAUAUUAUCUCUUUCGAAACGGUUUUGUUCAACUAAACGUAUGUUUUGUGACGGUGAAAGGAAAAGAUUUUUAGUGUGUGGCAUAUGCUCAAACCUUCGCCAAUGUGACCUAUCGACUUUAGGGCUGCUGUGCAAAGAAUGAAUUAGCAGUUCGGAUUCGGAUAACAUCAACUUCUGUGCCUAAUCUAAUUGUGUAUGUGUCACUGGGGAAAAUGUCGUUCACGUAGUGCGUUCAGAAGAUAGUGGCGUGAAAUCGAACGACAGCGAAAGAUACAUUGAUACUGUUGCAGUACUGGGAGCUUACUUGAUUCGGCGGCGUCGGAAAGUUCAAACGGUUCCCGGAGUUGGACAGACAGACCGUCAAAAUGUGCAGCAAAAACAACUUCGAAGUUUUGAUGGAGAAAAUCAAUACGGGUAUUCCCACCUGCCCGAUUAGUUUGGACACAUUUCGCACUCGGUUGCCGGACAUUGGCAGCUGGCGAUUGCCCCGCGUAUGCAAGGAAGCGGUCACUACCAACAGCAGCAGUAACAAUAACAAUAACAACAACAACAACCCCAGUAACGGUUCGGCAGUUGGAAACGGCCUCGAGGGCGGACCCACCGGUAACUACAGUACCAAUCUUACGACGGCGGCAUCGGACUCGUUCUACCAGCCCCAGUCGCUGGGGGCGCUAUCCACCGUGACGGCCUCGACGACCGUCACCAGUUGUGGAUCGGCGACGGGAACAGCGACAACCCAGCAGCCCCUGCCGCAGCAGCAGCACUUCCAUCAGCUGGUCGCCCAUCAGCAGCAACAGCAGCAGCAGCACCACCAGACCAGCUUGCACAAGUUCUACAAGGCGCACAAGAAGAUGCCGGCUUUCCGCGGCCGAAGGGGCUGGUGUGGGUGUUUGCAGGAUGACGAACCGCCGGAAAUCUGCGUCGUCGAGGGGGUCUUUUCGCUGCAAACCCUCACACCCACGCAGCCGAUGCCAGCGAUCGACGAGCUGGACAGCAAGUUUGCCGAGCUCGUCGAGGAACUCGAUCUCACCGCACCAAACAAGGCCGCCAUGCUCGGUCUACCGCCGCAGAAAAAGUGGCAAAUCUACUGCUCACGGAAGAGCCCACUGGAUGCGACCGGUCCGAAUGGGGCCCCGCUGCCGGGGGCCACACUACCUCCCACCUCCGAACACUACAUCGAACGGCUGAAGGAUAUGGCCGUCCAGCUGAAGGCUUCCGCGUCCGACGAUUCACCCUCGCAGGAAUACAGUCCGAAAAUUGAAUCGCAUACGGCCCUCUUCGAUGCGCUGAAGACGGCCUUGCGAACCUCAGCGCACAGUUUCGUUAUUAGGUUCAUCGAACUGCAGGGUCUGCCGGCAUUGCUGGAGCUCCUCCAGUCGCUGGACAUUCGGGUGGCCAACAGCCCGCUGCACACUAGUCUGAUCGGGUGCAUCAAGGCACUGAUGAACAACUCGACUGGCCGCUCGCACGUGCUAGCACAUCCCACCGGCAUUGACACGAUCGCGCGUUCACUGGCGGCAGAUAAUAUUAAAACGAAGAUUGCCGCACUGGAGAUUCUCGGUGCUGUCUGUCUCGUCCCGGGUGGCCACAAGAAGGUCCUAACGGCGAUGCUAAACUAUCAGGAGUACGCCGCCGAGCGGGUCCGGUUUCAGGGCAUCGUAAACGAUCUCGACAGAUCGACCGGAGCGUACAGGGACGACGUGAAUCUCAAAACCGCCAUCAUGUCCUUUAUCAAUGCCGUUCUGAACUACGGACCGGGGCAAGAAAAUCUCGAAUUCAGGCUUCAUCUGCGGUACGAAUUUUUGAUGCUCGGCAUUCAACCAGUGAUCGACAAGCUGAGGAAGCACGAGAAUGAGACAUUGAAUCGACAUUUGGACUUCUUCGAGAUGGUAAGAAACGAAGACGAAAAGGAACUUGCGAGAAAGUUCGGCCACGAGCACGUAGACACAAAGAGUGCGAACGCCAUGUUCGACCUGCUAAGGCGGAAGUUGAGUCACUCGACGGCGUAUCCUCAUUUGCUGAGUUUAUUGCAGCACAUGUUGAUGCUUCCCCACACGGGAUCCAACGCACAGCACUGGUUGAUGUUCGACCGGGUGGUUCAGCAGAUCGUUCUACAGCAGGAAGAACGUCCUCCCAGUGAAAUCGAUCCCGACCAAGACAAAACUUCGGAGUCGUCAUUGAGAAUCGGGGAUCCUGAUAUAGCACCCCUGAAGAUCGAUGUAAGAAAAAUAGUCAAACUUUUAGUCAAAGAAGAAGAAUUGGUUGCCGCAAGAACGCGCGCCGAGGAUUUGGAACGGGAAAACUGUGAAAUUAACGGCAAACUAGCAAAGAAAGAACAGGAACUGGAUCUGCGCACGCAGGAAAAAGAAGAUCUGGAAACAUCGCUAGCCCGCAUGCGUGAACGUCUCGAAAAAGAAAGCGCAAACCACUCGCAAGCCGUGCAGCGAGCGUUGAAUGCCGAGAUGCGUGUUGAAGAUCUGCAACAUCGCUACGUAAGCGAGCAACAGGAACGCGUUCGCCUGGAACGACUAGUCACCGAAGGAAGCAUUCCGGACGACCAAAAGGUUGCCGGUCUGCAAGGUUGCAAUGGCCAAGUUUCGCCUCCUCCACCACCUCCCCCGUGCAAGCUUCCUCCUCCCCCGCCACCGAUGAUGGCCCCUCCACGGCCACCACCAGCCCCGGGUGGUAUGCCAAAGAUCGCCAACAUGAACGUCUCCAGUCAACCGGCUCCACCGAAACCGGAAGCUCCCAAGAAGAACGUCCCUCAGCCAGCCAAUCCACUGAAAAGCUUCAACUGGUCCAAACUGCCCGACAGCAAACUGCAGGGAACCGUCUGGAGUGAGCUAGACGAUAGCAAGUGGUACAACAGCAUCGAACUCGAAUCGAUCGAUAAGCUGUUUUCGGCUUACCAGAAAAAUGGCGUUGCGUAUAAUUUCCCAUUCCAGAACGAUGGUUCCAUCGAAGAUCUUCGUUUGAUCGGCAAGAACAAGGCCAAAAUUCUAUCGGUAAUCGACGGUCGCCGGGCACAAAACUGUACGAUCCUGCUCAGCAAGCUAAAGAUGACUGAUGAGGAGAUUUCCAAGGCCAUUUUGUCCAUGGAUUCCAGUGAACAACUACCGAUUGACAUGGUUGAACAACUACUCAAGUUUACACCGUCGGCCGAAGAACGCGCGCUGUUGGACGAACAUUCCGAGGACAUUGACUCGCUAGCCAGAGCGGACCGGUUCCUGUACGAAAUCUCGAAAAUACCUCACUACGAGCAACGAUUGCGCAGCCUGCACUACAAAAAGCGCUUCCAGGUGACGGUGAACGACCUUUCGCCCCGGAUCGCCAAUGUGAUGGAAGCAUCGCGAGAAGUCGCCCGAUCACGACGUCUUCGCAAACUGUUGGAGCUGGUACUUGCACUGGGCAACUACAUGAACCGAGGUGCUCGGGGUAACGCCUCCGGAUUCCGGCUGGCAUCGCUGAAUCGACUGGCAGACACCAAGAGCAGUGCGGCCAAGGGUACCACCCUUCUGCACUAUCUGGUGCAGAUUAUCGAGAAGAAAUUCAAGGACAUUCUACUGCUGGAGGAAGACCUGCCGCACGUAAAGGAAGCCUCCAAGGUCUCGCUCGGUGAAAUGGACAAAGACAUAUCGAUGCUGCGGGCCGGUUUGGCAGAGGUUAACCGCGAAAUCGAAUUCCACCGAAGCAGUGGCGUUCCACAGUCGGGAGAUCGGUUUCUGCCGGUCAUGCGGGAGUUCCACGCCCAAGCGUCGGUACGGUUCGCUGAGCUGGAGGAUCAGUUCCAGGAUAUGAAGACGAGGUUUGAUCGUGCGGUGCGAUUGUUUGGAGAGGAUGGUUCGGUUGUGCAACCGGACGAAUUCUUCGGAAUUUUUGAUGGUUUCCUUUCGGCAUUGAUGGAAGCCAAGCAGGAUAAUGAGAACUUCCGGCGGCGUCAGGAGGAAGAGGAGAAGCGAGCAAAACAGGAAGCAGAGCUGAAAAAGCGCACCAUCGAGCGCAAGUCCAAGGAGGGACUGCUAAACUCGGUCGCCAAGAAUCUCGGUCUGAAAUCGUCCAAACCGGCCACCAAUGGCAGCUCGAACGGUGGCGGCAGUCCCGUGGCGGAUCCGGCCAACAAGGGCGAGUUUGACGAUCUGAUCUCCGCCCUCCGGACAGGGGACGUAUUCGGCGAGGAUAUGGCCAAAUUUAAACGGUCGCGCAAGACCCGCCUCGGCGGUCCCGCCAGCAACGGAAGCAACAAUACGUCCCCACCACGGAGUCGCAACAGCAUUGGCCGGGAGGACAGCCGCGAGCGAACCGGCGUGGUCGGUCCGAGACGCCAGUAGAAGCGGAAGGCGAUUGCAGUGUGAUUUUUUGUAAGUUUUCUAUUUCGGUGAAAUGAAAAAUCGAACAUUUCGAAGCGAACUUUUUUUCGAUUGAUGUUAUACACCGAGUUUUUGUGUAAAUUUGUAAAAGUGAAAGAGACCAAAAAGCGUGAGUACAGCUCAGAAAGCGUGAAAAUUUUAUGUAGAAAAAAUAAAUAAACAUAACUGAAUAAUAAGAGUAGAUAAAAUAAACUGUUUUGGUUAUACAAUUAGAGACUGUUUUUAACACACCGAGCAAAGGUAUAUAUAUAUAUGUAACACGGCAUAGAAAUUUUUGAACAUGUUUUACAGUUAGCCACUUUGCAAUAGACGUUAAAUAACACACAGGUAACAUACAUACACAGGAGAAAGGGCCCGGACGGCCUGCCGAUAACAAGUGAAACUCAUCGAUAUACAAUACUGUUAAGAAAUCAUUCUUUGUAGCAAACCAUAAUAUCACCGUCGUACAUAAAUAUUUUAAUCGAGACAUUCUCUUAUGUAGUCAAAAGCAAUCGUUUUAGUUACCACUCAAUUUUUCCUGCAGACAAAAGCAAUGCUUCCUGAUAAAAUGGUAUUAGUGACGUGUAGGAGAGCCAGAAUAAGAUACGUACUACCUAUCAUACGAAUCCUUUACUUGUUACCUUUACCAUUUGGUGAUUAUUGUGAGAGAAAAAAAAUCAUGUAAAUUUCUAACGUAUUUAUUUAACCUUAUCUCUGUCCGUUCGACGUAACAUUACUCGAAUAUUGUUUCUAGUGACAUGAACAUAGACACACGCAUAUCUUAAUCUUUUUUCUAAGCCGUUAGUUUUCUACUAUAAACUUAGUUGCUUUCAGAAAAAAACACGAAAUACUUUGUAUAUAUUCUAAAAGUCGGUAAUCGAUAAUCGAUAGGAACGAUAAUCUCAAGUAAAAUCGUAAAAAAAUCAGUUCAUGUUGGUACAUUUUCAAACGUAGACAAGUAAUGUUUCCUUGUUUUUAACUGAAAAUAAAUCCCGUAGCCUAGUGAAAUGAAACAAACCGCAAAAGUUUUAAACAAUGUUUGAAUCGAGCAAACCAUUAGCCAUUACGCUCGAAGCACGAACUCUCAUAAUCACGCUUCCUCCCUCAUAUUGCAAAAAGCUAUAACUAGCGUCUCCAAUCAAUAAAAAAUAGUUCUUAAAAUUUGCGCACAUUUUCACACCCAAACUUCCAACUUAUAAUAGCCAAAUCGAUCGAUACCUAUAAUAGAACCGUGCAUCUAGAUGUUGCUUGAACGUUAACGAACCUCCAGAAAGCUUAAUGACAUUCUCAUUCAUCCCCCAACGCCCGGCGAUGUAAUGUAAUCGUAAAACUUUGCGCGAAACAUGCUUUUAGGUCAACUGUAGAGAAAAAUCCUAUUAGAACUUUGGGAAAACGUGUGAUCACUAUUUGAAUUUAGGAAAUCAAAAAGAGGAAACUAAAAGAGGGAUUUACCUCUUACACCGGCGAUCUGAACUGAAACCUAACACUUGAAAGUUGGCCGUUUGGUAUUGUGAUUUUCCACUAAAAAUUUGAAGAAGCCAGAAUGCCAACAACCGAUCGAUAUUGUCGAUACAUACUUGAUUGCGGACGGAAAAUUGAUAAUAAAAUAUACUGUAUACAGUAC